ACCAUGGUAACCAAACGUGAGUUAAGUUAAAUAUUCAAACAGAAGAACUGUCGUACUGGAACUUAAACUACUCCGCGUUAUGUCUUUGCCGCUUUUACUUGGACAUUCCGCAAACAAACGUUUGGGGAAGGACAAGUUCCAUAAGUCCCAGCACUUUGACGUCCAUAAUGGUAUUCCCCUAUUGGUGGGGGCAGAGAAGCCCGGAAUUGGGGGAGAGCUUCUGAUUGGUCAGAAGAUUAAACCCAAAUAUUCAGUCUAUCCGGACGGACAAGGCGCUGCUCUACCUUCCUGGGUCGCCUUCGAUAAACAGGUUUUGAAGUUCGACGCAUACUUUGAGGAGGAUGUCCCUCAAAAUCGCCAUGAAACGCGGCGUGUCAGAAAGUGUCAAAUCUUCUUUUACCCUGAAGAUGACACCAUAAAGGUGGUAGAGCCUGAGCUUAAGAACAGUGGCAUCCCGCAAGGAACACUUAUUCGGCGCCACCGCAUCCCGCUGCCCCCUCCUGACGACGACCAGUUUUACAAUGUUUUUCAUUUUAACAUAAACCAGCAGAUGGUGCUCUAUUCCAGAACCUUUACCAUCACCAGCUGUGACCCGUUCACCAGGAACUUUAUCACCAGACUUGGUGUGAUUCUCAAUGAACCUUCAACUGUUCCUGACGAUCCCUACACUCGGCACCGCCAGCAGAUUGAAGACAGCAUGAAUCCAUUGCAUCCGUACGAGAGACAUGACACGCUGAAGCAGUUCCUGCUCCAUGACCGUCACAUCCUGCGUUUCUUCUGUCUGUGGGACGACACCGAGAGCAAGUCGAAUGACCGACGGGAGCUGGUGCUGCACUACUUCCUCUCCGAUGACACCAUCGAGAUCAGGGAGGUUUUUCCGCCAAACUCGGGACGAGACAACGUGUCCAAGUUCCUGCGACGCUGCAAAUUGCCAAAGAAAACUCAUGUCCAGAUGAAGCAGCCUGGGGAGAUCACAGACCGAACUGUCCUCAACGUCCUAGAGUCCAAACGCCGGGGACAAAGAUACCUUCUGGAUAGUCAUAAGACUGGGGCUGUGCAUGAGGAAUUUUAUCAGGACCGUGAUCUGACCGUAGGGGGCGACGUGAACGUGUUUGGGAGGAGAAUGAUCAUUGUGGACUGUGACCAAUUCACCAAAGACUAUUAUCGCUCCAAAUAUGGAAUUGAGGAUUUUACUCUAGCGCCGUACAAAACACCAGAGGCACCGCAGGUCCCCAGACUCCCACCCCCAUAUAAUGGCUUUGGGUCAGAGGAAGACUCCCUGAGAUCCUGUCAGGGUCUGCUGCCCAAAGCCCUGCAAAAGGAUUUCCGCAAAUUCAUGGAGAAAGACAGAAGUGGCCUGGAGAGCAACAUUCUAAACUUUCAGUCUAAGAUGGUGACAGACGAUCCAGUGGACAGAGAGCGAGUUUUCAUCAUCUCCUUCUACCUCAGCGAUGACACCGUCAGUGUCUUUGAACGUCCGCAGAAAAACUCAGGUGUAUUAGGAGGCAAGUUCCUGGAACGCGGUCGCGUAAAGAAACCGGGUCAAGAGGUGUUCAAGAGUGAACCGUCGGAGUACUUCAAAGCUCAAGACCUGUACGUCGGAGCUUCGCUGUGUCUCAACAGGCAUCACUUUCUGCUGCUAGACGCCGAUGAAUACACUUUGAGUUACAUGGAGCGACAUGCUGAGGAGUUUCCCAGAUCCAAUCUCGGAAACAUCCUGAGUAAGAUCAAAUCGGUUCCAGAGGAGAAACAGAGUGAAAUUAAGAAAUUUCUGGCACUCAACGACCCAGACAACACCGGCGUCAUUCCUUACUACACUCUAAGGAGCCUGCUUAGAGGUCUUGACUGCGACCUCUCUGAACACGAGCUUCUGGUUCUGGGUCGGAGUUUUACCGAGAGUCGGUGUCCCGAAGAAGACGUGGGAACAAUGUUGGCAACGGCUCAGGAGCUGCUCAGGAAGAAGCUGUUCGAACACUUCCAUGAGAUUAAGAGAGCGCUGGUGCACAGAGAUCGAUCGAGAAGUGGCCGUUUGUCCAUGUCAGAGAUGAGAACCCUUUGUAAAUCCUGUCGCCUCCCCCUGCCGGACUCCCUGCUCUCGGCUCUGCUCCACAAGUUUGCAGAGAGCGGCGAGGUCGACUACCAAGCCUUCAUCGCUGGCAUUAACUGGUUGGAAAACCCAGCUCCUCCAGUUACACCAGAACUCAUCGCAAAGUUUGAACUAAACAUGAGGCUGGAUGCUGGUGACGCUGCUGUGAAGAACAUCAACUACUCUUCUCUCCUGGGAGAUGUUUUUUCCAACAUUCCAUCAGGAAAUGGUGACCAGACCAAUGCACCCUCAGGUUAGACACACAGAGCCGCGAGGAGGAGCUUACAAAUCAUUUCUUCUCCCUACAUGAAGUUGACAUUAUGAUAAUGAAAUUACUUCACCAGCUUCACCAGGCUUUGAUAUGAUAAUGUGGGAAAAGUCCUACGCAACCGUUACGCUGCUUUUCCCCUGACGCUGAUCGGCUCUGACAGCCGAAGCAAACUCUCGUUCCUUAUUGAACAAUUUCAAUGUGUUGUUGUUUAUGUUUUCUAUUCUCGCUUCUCCGCAGCUGUUUGAUGAGAAUAGUGUCAGCGAAGUGAUUUAUGGCCAGGAAAAGAAUUAAUUCGAAAGAAGUCUGCGGCGAAAUGCGUUACGAUUUGAUUUGCGAUAUAAUCCUAGGAGUCGAGUUUCUGGUAAAUGUGGUUUUUAAACAUGAAACAAGUGUUCGAGUGCAUGAAUUCACUUUGAAAUUGGAAGUGAUUUACAUUCCAAUCCGGUAUAUAUAAAAAAAAAAAAAAAAACCUGAAUAUUU